GAACGCACCACAACACUGGCAGCUAGCCUAGCCGUGCCAAUUGAGCUAAUCUGAUUUAUCGUCUCAGUUAAGUGCAGGAAACGUUUGCCAGGAUUACCAAAUUUAGUUUUCCUUAUAUUCCCUAAGGCGCCAUAUCACUCUAAGACCGUCCAAAUUCUGUUUAGAGAAUGGCAUCUCUUGGGGAGCCGGUGCGAUUGGAAAGAGAUAUCAAACGUGCUAUUGAGCUGCUCGAUAAGCUGCAGAGGACGGGGGAAGUUCCUCCUCAGAAGCUGCAGGCACUGCAGAGGGUCUUGCAGAGUGAAUUCUGCAACGCUGUCAGAGAAGUUUAUGAGCAUGUGUACGAAACUGUGGACAUUAACAGCAGUCCUGAGGUCAGAGCCAACGCCACAGCUAAGGCAACCGUGGCAGCUUUUGCUGCAAGUGAGGGACACUCGCAUCCACGUGUGGUGGAACUGCCCAAGACGGAAGAAGGCCUGGGAUUUAACAUAAUGGGCGGAAAGGAGCAAAACUCACCCAUUUACAUCUCACGGAUCAUCCCGGGAGGCAUCGCUGACCGCCACGGAGGCCUGAAAAGAGGCGACCAGCUUCUUUCUGUUAAUGGGGUGAGCGUGGAGGGAGAGCACCAUGAGAAAGCUGUGGAACUCCUCAAAGCAGCUCAGGGCACAGUGAAGCUGGUUGUAAGGUACACCCCCAAAGUCCUCGAGGAAAUGGAGUCACGUUUUGAGAAAAUGAGGUCGGCAAAGCGCCGACAACAGAACAACUAUCCGCAGUAGGAGUUUUUUCCGGCUUCCUGCUCGGCUCCCAGUGGUGUCCCGUUUUAGUUAUUUUGGUUACCUACUCUAGUCUCUCUUUUAUCCCCCCCACUCCACUCCCUUCACACACAAGAAAAGGAAAAAACACUUGACUAAUUUUAGUUAUUUCUACCAUGCUGUAUAUUGUGCUUCUAAUCUCAGUAGCAUUUCAAUAUUCACCACUGUUACUGUACUUGACACUAAAACUCUAGAUAUACUAGAAUGAUUAUGAUUGUCUUUGACUUGACAAUUUGAAUGCAGAUUUGGGAGUUAUUUAGAAGUAAACUGUGUGACAGAAAAGGUUUUUUUUGUUUGUUUUAUCACAGCCACUACCAAGUGCCUCAGGGCAAACAUAUUUAUGUAAUGUGCUGUGGAAACUAACCUGGUUUUAUUUGAACAUUUUAGAGUUAAGUGCUGGUGAUUAAACGCUUGUGGCAGGAAUUACAACAACAAAGUAUGUUUCUUUUUUGACAAAAAGAUAUGUAAAUCAUUUAAGUGAGCAAACUUUAAACUUAUUUAGUGGGAUUUCACAGACAUGUCAGCAAUACAAAGGCUUGGGAGUUAAGAUAGAAAUGAUGUUUGGUUAAACAAAAAACCCAAAACAACAGAUAAUCACAGUAAUGUCAAGGCUUGGGUUUUCUAACAUCAUACUGUACAAUAACAAGCCCAGUAGGGAUUUAAUGGAGUCUCAGCAGGACUAGAAUGAGCUGGUGCCACCACAGAGCCUCACAUUAUGACAUUUCUCAGAGUUUGACACCGUCAGAAGCACACACUCUGCAGUCGGCCUGAGCCGAGACUAUUUUCCACUCAUCUCAUCAUGAUACAUAUGUCUGUUAAGUUAUUUUCUCAGUUCUACAUCAUUUUGGUAGUUGUUCCUGUGGGAACGCCUCGCUCUUUUCAGGUUUCACUCUUCAUGUUAUAGUUUGAGAUUUCAUAACUAACUACUAUGAACCUCUUCCGUCCCAUCUUUACUACAAAGCAACAUAAUACUACCACCACUAUGCUUGACACUAGAUUAAGUCUCCCAUACAACUGAUCUUUGUAUUACUGUAAAACACAGUACCGUUCCUUUGUCUGAUGUGAUCAGCUGCAAACUUUGCUGGAGCUUGAAGAUGCUUAAAUUUGAUGACAGACGUUUCUUUAUUUGGCGGCAGUCUGAUGUAAAACUGUAGACGGUGACACCAGUGGUCCAGCGGCUUCUAGCUUAGAGCAGACAUGUUAUUUAGUGAUUUCUGCCAGUCUAAGCAAUUUUUCUACUGACCUAGUAGCAUUUCUUAUGGAUGAUCCCAUUUUUUUGGAUUAUGACCUUAAGGUCUGCCGUUGUUCAUAAAUGAAUGUAGAGAUUUGUUCCCUUUCUUGGAUCUGUGUGGCGGUAGAGUCGCUGCAAUUUUAGUUUCUUCCUGUGGAUUUUAAAACAAACGUGAACAUCUCAAUUUACAUUAACUUGAUUUUGACAGUUAAUAACAAAUAAAAAAAUUAACAUUUUAAAUAAUUAUUUAUCUUUAUAAUGAUGCUCUCAGAAACAGCAGGAAGGUUCAGGGAUUCCCACGAUGAAUUAAAAAUGUAUCGAUAAAUAAUUGUCUUAAAACUGACUUUGCCUCGUUUCUUACAUGCAUGCUUUCUAUUUCCAAAGAAACGCAAAAUCCUUAAAUGUUUCUUUUAUGCAAUAAGGUCCAUAAUGUCGCUCUAAUCUCUCAUAUAAUGGAGACUCCAUUUACAUAUAUGUCACUGCAUGUACAUUAACAAUUUGUAUUCCUGAAGUCUUUGCAUCUUUGGAUCCUGGGGGAAAAAAAUCAUUUGUUGAAAUGUUUUAUGUUGGGAAUUAUUUGAGUUAGUAAAACUUCUCCUUGUUAACUAGAACAGCAUAAGUGAGAUGAGUAAUUUCUUGCUUUUCAAGUGAAGGAAAAACAAAAGUUAAUUUUGAGAUUAAAACUGUCUUAAAACGUACCUUUAUUUCUAAAGGUACGUUUGAUGUUCUAUGUGUAGAGCAUGUUUUAGCUGCCGAAGCCAUACAGUUGUCUCAGGAUUGAUGUGCUGCAUCACUGGGGCACUAGAGCAACAAUAGCUCUGAUCAAUGAAGGAUAUCAAUGAUGGGUAAAGUGGCUUUAACAGCUAUUUUGGAGAGAAACAUUUUCAGUGAAGAAGUAGUUUUAAGGGUUUUAUUUCCCCAAAAUACACAAAAAUCAAGUUAAAUAAAGCUGUCAUUUUUAGCAUGUUCUCACAUAACAGACAUGACAUAAAGCCAGUGUAAAUACAGUCAGUUUUUGCAAGCAAUGCAUGAAGGUAAAGUUUGGUGUUAUAUUUUUGUGGCAUUUCAGACUUUAACAAAAUCUCUUUACACCAAAUUAGACAUCUCCCACUGAAAUAUUCCAUUCGUUUUUGAAUAAUUUCAAGGUAGAUGUUAUAGAGUAGUAUGCUGAUAUGGUGUCAUGUUUUCAUGAAGAGGAUGUUAACAUUUAAAGUUGCAUAAAUAAUACAUUCUGAGCAAACAGGGCAGCUUUAUUUAAUGGCUACGCUCUUGGAUUACACUAAUGUUUAGGGGGGAGAAAGCCUAAUUGUUGGGCAAAAUGUAAGAAUAGAACAGGCUUAAUGCAAAUCAAUUAUCUAUGCAAAGUCAUUUUACAAACUAAAAACAAAACCAUUGGUGCAAAACAAGCAAACAACAUUGUAUGACGGAAUGUUACUAACAAUUGCAGUAAACAUGAUGCUAAAGGUGUACUGUGAUACAUGAGUUACACAGCUUUACUACAACAACAUGCUGAUCAGUGUCUAAAUACAUACUUAAACUAUGAAACUUAAAGCCUAAUGGGUGAUUGUCAUAAGGUUUAAGGGAGCAAGCAGCAACAUAUUGCGUAAUUGCCUUCUACUGAGCACUAUUUAGCAUUGUGAGGUAAAGAUAUAAACAGGAAGGAGUGUUAAAGUGUUUGCCUACAUCUGUCUGCUGGUGUAACUUAUAGUCCAAGAUGAUCAGAAGCAGUUUCAUUUGUGGGCUGCAAGUAGCAAAUCAGUACAAAAAUGUGCUUAUAAAUGGGUACAGCUUUACAGUAAAACUGCCCUUAUAAAAUAUUCCUAUACAGUUAAACCUGUUAUUAAUUAGGACUUUAUAAAUAGUCUGUAAGCCGGUAUGUGGAGCUAUUCAUACAUUAAUGUGGAUUCAUUAUUUGGUGAGAAACAGAUCCUUUUUGCCUCCUGUCUUGCCUUUAAAUAAUUUCCUAUGGCAGUUUUAUAAUUACAAAUGGCUCACUAAUUAUUAUUCAUAAGUGGAGUUUUAUUAGAAAGCGGUACCCAUUAAUUGGUGGAUAUAUUGAAAAUGACCAUUUCAAUGUCUUCAUAUCUACUUAGAACAGUUUGUCGUUUUCUAAGUCAUAUAUGACACCUUUUUAAUGCUAAAUAGAGGGAUUGCAUAUUAUUCUUAUGUCAAAACGUAGAUAUUAAGACCUUAUUUUGUAGCUUAUUUAUAGUUUACUUUUGAGUUGAAUGUAAAUAAAAGUCUUAACUUAGAAAAACCUUUGUUCCUUAAUUCUGUUAAAUCCAACAGUAGCUUGCUUAGUUUCAUCUUCACACACACGUUAAUAUCAGAAAGGAAACAUAAUAAGACAUAAUGACACUGCAUAGUCACAGAUCCUCUGAAUGUCCAUGGCCAUUGUCUGAGUUCAACUUUUUACAGGGUUUCCUUGUCUGUAAAUCUAAAUGAUCAAUAGAAUAUUUUUUUAUAACGGUUUUCUUUUGAUAACUUUUCUCAAGUUUUAUAAAUGGUUUUCCUAAAAAACAAAGAAAAAAAAACAGAAGAUACCAGGAACUGGUACUUCCAUUUUGACUGUAUACCAGGGCAAUAUCAGCUCAGCCUUUCCAGAAGGAAGCUCUGAAUCACAAAGAAUAUAUGGUCCAAUAUUGGUGCUUCUUUUCUGAGAUCUGAAAUAAUUGUUCUUUAUCACACUAAGACCAAAUUUAAAACAUUUGUUCAAAUUGUUGAUAAUGUUUUAAGAUCUUUUGGUCUAAUCUGAUUUAAUACUAAUAAGAUCAGUAAAUGGUGUUGUGUUAUUUUGUGUUGUUUGGUUUUGUUUUGGUAUUUGCCGUUACAUUGAUGUGGAAUGUGAAUAUAGUUGUAUCAGAAACUCAAUAAAGUGUGCUUACAUUUAUGAACCUUCAAA